AUGGCGCGCGCAACUUCUCUGCCGUCCAUUCUGGUGCUGGCUGUGCUGCUGACGGCUUCCACGGGGCUCGUGUACUCUACACCAAAUGGAAAGGGGGCGAAACAUGGGGAAACAGGCAGCCCCGCACGAGCGCCGGGCCCUUCGACUUCGAGGACCCGUAUACCCGCCCCCGCCCCCGCCCCGGGCCCUCAGCCUGCCUCACCGCCCACAAAUUCUGCACCUUCUGUGUCUCCCGGUUCUCACUCCCGGGCACCAGUGGCUCCAACCCCCAGCACCGUUGCGCCCGGUCCGAUCGACCCAUCAAACGAUGUGCCGAUCAGCAACGAAGUAAGAGCUCUUUUCAUCGGCCCCGGCCUAGUCGACUUCAUCGACCCCCCCCCCAAGAGCAGCUUCAUCGCACCCCCCUCAACGACCGCAACCAGCGCCACCGACCCUGUCAGCGCCAUCGGGUUCUGGCAACAGCCGCUCGCGUUUCCGGAGCGGAUCACAACUUUCGACAGCCGCACCUUCAAGCAGACAAUCUUCAACGUCACCCUGGGCGAGUUUGAAGUCAUUGGGACGCUGCAUCCCGCGAUCGCAAACAGUACCGCCUUGCUGGCGUACGGUCGGUCCGCCACGACCGCCAACCUCCCCGGGCCCACGUUCGAAGUCCUUCAGGGGCAGCCACUCUUCGUCACGGUCGUCAACAAGCUCCCGGGGAAUAACACCGGCUCGCUUGCCAACGCGAUCGACUACACGCUAACCUUCCUGCCACCGCCCCCAGGCAAGGGCGUCUUCACCAGCGUUCACCUCCACGGCGGUAUCCAGGAGCCGCAAAGCGACGGCAAUCCCGACGUCUGGUUCACCAACCCCGAUCUCUGCGACUACAGCACAGAAACGUGUGUGGGGCCGCUGUUUAAUGUCUCCAACAAGUACCUGGACCCCCCCGGCCAGAAGACGCACUUCUACCCCAACAUAAACCCCGCGACGCUGCUCUUUUACCACGACCACGCUUUUGGCGUAACCCGGCUGAACGUUUACAACGGGCUUCUCGGGCAUUACAUCGUCCGCUCGCAGUGGGAGCUCCAGAACCCCGCGCUGCCAAAGGGCAAAUAUGAACGGGAGAUGGCGAUCGUGGACGUGCUGCUCAACCCGGACGGCUCGCUCGACUACCCCACCAUGGGAGUCACGCCGUUCCACCCCAAGUGGGUCCCCGAGACCUUCGGUACUUUCAUGACCGUCAACGGCAAGAUCUGGCCCUUCUUUGAAGUGGAGCGCACGACGUACCGCUUCAGGAUCGUCAACGGCUGCCAGGCGCGCUUCCUCAACCUGCGCCUAGUGGACCCCCAAAGCACAGGCGAGCGGAUUGGCAAUACGAGCGUCCUCCCCUUCGUCCAAAUCGGCGCGGAGCAGGGCUUCCUCCCCGCGCCCGCGGUUUUGGACACCAUCCUGAUGGGCAACGCGGAGCGCGCGGACGUCCUCAUCGACUUCUCGCGCAUGCCCGUCGGCGCCGAGAUCAUCAUGAGCAACGACGCGGCCGCGCCGUUCCCGGACGGCCCCGCGCCCGUCUUCGGCGUGAACGGCACCGCGUCCGUGCUCAAGUUCAUCGUCGUCGCGCACGACGCGCGCGCGGGGCCGACGCGCGGCGUGCCCGACCGCCGCGCCGUUGGCAAGUUCGUCCCCCCCGCCGCCAUGGCGGCCGCGCCCCCGGUGACGAAGACGCGGCCGCUGCUGCUGCUUGAGAAUCUGACCCCGAGCGGAGCUACGAUUCAGUUGACUCUCAAUGGGCUGCCUUAUAGGAGCCCGCUGACCGGCGCGCCGAUUGUAACCGAGCUGCCGGCUCAGGGCACGACGGAGCUGUGGGAGAUGUUCAACCCGACAGCGGAUUCGCAUCCCAUCCACACCCACUUGGUCGGCUUCCAAGUGCUCAACCGCCAGCCGUACAACACAACUUCCCCCCCCACCAGCCCCGUGUUCACCGGCCCCCCCGAGCCCCCCGCGCCCAACGAAACGGGGAUGAAGGAUACGGUGAAGGUUCCCCCGGGCUUCGUCACUCGGAUCCUCAUCACGUUCGCCCGCCCGGGGUGGAUCCCCGGGCAGGGGCCGCCCUUCCCUUUCGACCCCACGCCCCAGCCAGGCUACGUGUGGCACUGCCACAUUCUCAACCAUGAGGACAACGACAUGAUGCGCCCCUACUUCCUGAUCGACCCCCCGACUUUCGUGAAGCUGAAGGGAAGAGUGCAGAAGACGUCCAGCUUCCUCAGGCUUGUCCAUUGA